GCAGGGUUGCUAAGGGUGAAACUUUUCAUUUACUUUGCUCACUUUGGGCCAGGGCGAGGGUGGCGUCCAGUUCCCCGCGGAGGGAGGGAAAGGAGGAAGAAGGGGGCGCCCGAGUCAACAUCCCCCCCACCCCACUUCUGAUUGGGCCUGGAGAAGGGGGAGAAGUUAUCUGAACACCAUCCAUUUGAUUGAAAAAAAUCGGACGUCCACCACCACAUCAGCACUUUGCGAAAAAGAAACCCUCGAGAAACACCCUGGAAAGAACGAGAAGCCCCCCCAACCAUCUCACCUGGGGCUGCAAGGAAGAAGGUUGUUUGGAGCCAAAAUCUGUCUAUGUUUGUGUCCUUUGUCUCUUUUAAUAUACUGCCCUAACUUGCUUGCUGUGAAGGGAGUAUGCAUCUGGAGAUCAAAGUUGCUCUGAACUUCAUCAUCUCCUACCUGUACAACAAGCUUCCACGGAGGCGGGCCGACCUGUUUGGUGAAGAGCUAGAGCGGCUACUGAAGAAGAAAUAUGAAGGCCAUUGGUACCCAGAGAAGCCUCUGAAGGGUUCAGGCUAUCGCUGUGUUCACAUUGGGGAGACAGUGGACCCUGUAGUGGAACUGGCUGCCAAGCGGAGUGGUCUGGCUGUUGAGGACGUACGGGCCAAUGUCCCUGAAGAAUUGAGUGUCUGGAUCGACCCGUUUGAGGUCUCCUACCAAAUUGGAGAGAAGGGAUCAGUCAAGGUCUUGUAUCUGGAUGACAGUGAGGGCUGCAGUGCAGCUGAGUUGGACAAGGAGAUCAAGAGCAGCUUCAACCCUGAUGCCCAGGUGUUUGUCCCCAUUGGAAGCCAGGACAACUCCUUGUCCAAUUCUCCAUCCCCAUCUUUUGGCCAGUCUCCUAGCCCCACUUUCAUCCCUCGCUCUGCCCAGCCCAUCACCUUCACCACUGCCACUUUUGCUGCCACAAAGUUUGGUUCAACUAAGAUGAAGAAAGGCGGAGGAGCUGGAGCCAGCACAAAUAACGCAGGGGCCCCUCAGCAGCAGCAACAGCAGCAGCAGCAACAGCAGCAGCGUUUGGCCCGGUCACCCACCAAUGGCCUGCUGAAGCACAAAGGCCUCUCCCUGUCUAUGCAUUCUCUGAACUUCAUUGGGGGCAGUCCAGCUCCUCAGUCUCAGCUCUCCCCCAAUGCCAAGGAGUUUGUUUACAAUGGUGGUUCGCCAGGAGCUGGCAGCCUCUUCUUUGAUGGCGUAGCUGCCGAGAACCAGGGAGGCGGCAUCCCACCUGCAUCCCAGUUCAGUGCCAGUGGUGGCGGCGGCAGCUUUGAUAUGGCUCAGGUUUUUGGUGGCAGCACCAACAGCCUUUUUCUGGAGAAGACGCCCUUCGUGGAAGGACUCAGCUACAAUCUGAAUGCCAUGCAGUAUCCCAGCCAGUCGUUCCAGCCAGUGGUUUUGGCCAACUGACCGCCAUGAGAGUAUUCUGGCGAAAAUAACUUCCAAAAAAAGAGAAAAAUAAUUAGAAAUAUUUGAAAUCUUAUAAAUAUAGCUUCUUGGAAAGAGACAAACCCUGAUUCGUUGCGUCAUGCCGGGGAACGCUGCUGAAGCACUGAAUUUUUUUAAAAAAAAACUUGUUUCCUGUGCUCUUUCCUACCCAUUCUCUUAAACUUAAUGAGGGAAUCCAUCCUUCUCAGCCCAGCAGUGGUGUCAGCCAGCAUCACUUUGUCUCCCAUGCUGCUCCUUGGAACUGGUUCUCAAAUGUGCUUACUGUAAGAAUGGUCUUGUUCAGGGCACUGUCAUGUCUUUUGAGUCCAGAUGUGUUGAUUCCCCUUCCUCUUUAGAUGUGGAUUUAGUUUGCUUUUGGAUCUGUGAAUUCUCAAGUACUUCUUAGAGGACAAUUUGGGACAUGCAUUCGUUUCUCGUAGCCCUCAUUUGUAUUCCUAUCACAAGAGAGUAACAGUCUUUUUCCCACCUGUGCUUAGUGUUGGCAAGGCCUUGUAGUGAAGUCACUUUCUCCUUAUAGGUCCCUCAAGCCCCAGCAAAGUGCUAAAGGGACAGCAUUGUUGGGGACAAUUUAAUGUAGUGUUUCCUGUUUCAAAAUCAUCCUUUUUAAGCAUCCAGGGUAACUGAACCACAGUUGUGGUUAUAAAUGAGGGCUCUAGAAUCUGAAAAGAAAAAUACAAGAAAAAUUGAUCCCUGUUUGCUGUAGAAGCGAGCACAGUCCUUAUGGUCUUUGUACCUGAGCAGCAGCCACUGAUGUUCCUCUGGACCAACCACCUGGGUUUCUAGGGCUCUGAGCUCUUCUGUUGACAGCUGAGCAUUUAGCCACUGGUUCUCAUAGGAAAGAUUUUUGCCCCCUUUCCUGCUGUGGAAAGUAUUAUUUGAGCAUUAUUUCUUGGUAAGGAAGAGGGAAAUAUUACAGACUGCUUUCUGGAUGGGCGGCAUGAAGGGUUGCACUUUGAAUUUCAUGUCUUCUAAGACUUCGACCAAAAACCUUAUGAUUUUUUUCACAUGAAAGGAAGCAGGCAUUCCUGUAUGGGAGAGCUGCCCACAUAUCAGGUCGAGCAUGCACUUGCUCCAUCUCAAGACUCUGCCCUGGAGAUGGAGUGGGCUUGCUGUAGAAUUUCCAAGUGACUUCAGGUGAGGUGAGGAGAGAGGGUUGGUUCCCUGUGAUAUGAAUGUAGAGUGUCUGUUUGUCCUGUCCUUCUCCUUACUGUUGCUGGUGAGCUAGGAAUCCUAAUGCUAUUCCCUGCAUCUCCCCUUUCUUGCUGGAGAGGGCAGCCUGGAAAACAGGGAAAGUUGUGGCCUUUAAGAGUGAGUUUUUUUGUGGACGAUGACAAAAUCUGCUUUUGGCAGUAAACAUUUGGCCAUCUAAGCCUUUGUGAGAUUAUUAGUUCGCCCUCCAAUUGAGAAAUCUUUCAGUGAGUCACCGUGAAAGUAGCGAACGUGGGUAGAGGGGAGGGAGUUGGUAUGUAUACUUCAGGCUUCAAAAUUUGUCUCCCACUCCACCCAUUUUGGGGGAGGGGUCUUCCACAGCAUGCUUUGAGUGCACAAAGUCUUGUUUUAGCAAUUUCUCUGGCAAAGUCAUUUUGAUUACAUAAGCUACAAUUUGUUCUUCUAGAGGAUCUUCAUUUAUUCGGGCAGAGACUGACUUCCGAAUCUCUCCAAAAGCUAAAUUGAAGAUGCCCUACAGGACUGUAUAAGCCUUAAGCAUCUCUCUUCCUGUGAAGGAUGCUCUAGCCUUGAAGCACUAAAGACGGUGGGCAUAUGAUUCAUGGAGAAGGUCUGCUGCUAAAGCCCUGUUGAUGUGAAUAGAAAUGGUAAAGACUGGGGCUUGUGCAGCAGAUGUUCUCAAGGUGCCUCCAACCUGAUUCCCUUUGUUUCCCUGGACCCCUUUUUACUUCUCACCCAUCCUCUGCUGGGCUGAGGAAAAGGACACUAAGAAUGGUCAUCUGUUUUUCUGUUACCCACUGAGUGGUUGAAGAGGGAAUACACUGUCAGCCAGUAGUGUGAUGGGGAAGUUUCCAGGAGCUUAAGGUCCAAACCCUGAACAAGACGCUUGAGACCUGUUCAGCAAAAAGCAAUUGUUGUCUGCCUUUCCCCUUAACAUUACCACUGCCGCCCACUUCUCCCUCUGGAAUGUACUGUAGACUGCCAAGCUAUUACACUGGACUUGAACUCCAUCUCCCUUACUAGGAGAGCUGCUGGCUUCCUAUCCCCCCUGGUAUAAUCUCCUUUGGUAACUUCUGCAGCAAAGAGCUGCAACGAGCCACUGCCUGGGUGGGAUCCUGUGCUCUUCUAAGGCUUUAACGCAUUGAAGGGGGAGGGGGAACCUCACUAGCACCCGCAACGUGUGAUGUUUGACCUUGCUUUAUCCUGCUAACUGCUUGUGGAAAAGAAGUCUGCAUACACAAGGAGGGAAAGGGGAGGGACCAACAUCCAUCUCCUAACGGAAAUCCCGAUGUGCUUCAGAAGUAUUUCCAGUGCUGGCGGCAAUGAAGGUCACGGCCUCUUUUUUGGUCUUCUUGUCUCAAGAGUUAGAUGUUCAGCUUCGAUUUUAUUUUUAAAACCUGCACUAAUUUACCUGGUUUCUUAGGAAGAAAAAAAAAGAGAUUUUUUUUAACUUUUAUUUUUAUGGGUUUGUGUUAAUUUUUUUUGUUGUCCGUUUAUAUUGAAUAAUUUGCUACAUUUGUAAAAUGUAAGAGGUAUAUAUAAUAUAUGUAUAUUUCUAACGUAAAAAAAUUGAAAAUUUUUCUUUUCAAGAUUUUUUCUUAGAGGAGAGUAAAAAUAUUUUUUCAGGAAAAUUUUAAAAAAGAAGCAGUGAAAGCUCCUUUCUCCCCUCGCCUCCCUCCUUCCUGACCCUUUUUGAAGAGUGAAUCAACAACAUGUGAUCUUAGAGAAUGGAUGAGCGCAAAGAAGACAGAAUUAUGUGUGUUUUUUAAUGCAGAGGUCCAUGCUGUUUCUCUUGUUUGUUUUUCUUUUCUUUUUUUUAACAGUCAGGGGGCCAUUGAGUAGGGAUCCAGAGGGGGUGUUUUCUUUUUUCUUUUCUCUAGCGAAGGAGGAAUACAAUCAGAGUUUUGUAUUCAGAAAGUUGUGCAAUAUUUUGGAACAGGACAUUGGCGUGUCUAGAGAUUUAGUUAAAAACAACAAAGGUUGAUCAAAUCUGUACAGUUUCUAUUGUUCCAGAUUUUUUAAGUUUGUAUUAAAAGCAUGAUAUAUAAUA